AUGCUGAAGAAUCCAGGCGCAGUGCUCGUGUUCAAGCCGAACACGAAGCGGGAGGAGGGUCGCAAGACCCAGCUGUCGAACAUACAGGCCAGCCGCGCGGUGAGCGAAAUCGUGAAGACGACCCUGGGGCCCAUGGCGAUGCUGAAGAUGAUGCUGGACCCGCUGGGGGGCAUCGUGAUAACGAACGACGGGAACUCCAUCCUGCGGGAAAUUGACGUGGCCCACCCGGCGGCGAAGUCCCUCAUCGAGUUGAGCAGAUCGCAGGAUGAAGAAGUAGGUGACGGCACCACGUCGGUGGUGAUCCUAUCAGGUGAGCUACUCAACAUCGCAGAGUUGUUCCUGAAGCAGAAGAUCCACCCGACGAUUAUAGUGAACUGCUACAUGGAUGCCCUAAACAAGGUGGUGAAGUUUUUAGAAUCCAUAGCCAUCGAGGUAGAUGUGAAUGAUGAAGAGAGUCUCCUUAAAGCAAUCGAUUCGUGUCUCAGCACCAAGUUUGUGAACAGAUAUAAUAAAAUGGUGAGCACCUUAGCGUUAGAAGCAGUCCAGUGUGUAAAGAUAGAAUCCAAUGUGAUGGGGAGGAAAGAAAUCGACAUAAAACGAUUCGCAAAAGUAGAAAAAAUCCCCGGAGGAGACAUCACAGAUAGCUAUGUACUCAAAGGAGUUAUGCUAAACAAAGAUAUCGUUCACCCUAAGAUGAGGAGACGAAUUAAAAACCCAAGGAUCUUGCUCCUCGAUUGUACUUUGGAAUACAAAAAGGCAGAGAGUCAAACCAAUGUAGAGAUACUUAAUGAAGAGACGUGGAAUCAACUCCUCCUACAGGAAGAGAUAGAGGUGAAGAAGUUAUGUGAGCAUAUCAUAAACAGCCAAUGUGAUGUGGUCGUUACGGAGAAGGGGGUAUCCGAUUUGGCACAACAUUUUCUUGUGAAAAGAAAUAUAAGCGUUAUUCGCAGGGUGAGGAAGACCGACUUGAACAGACUUGAACGGAUCAGCGGGGCUACCAUUGUGAGUAGAUGCGAUGAAAUUGUGGAGAGUGACAUCGGAACCAAGUGUGGUCUCUUUGAUGUGAAGAAGAUUGGGGAUGACUACUACGCCCACUUUGUAGAGUGCGAAAAUCCACGGGCGUGCACCAUCCUUCUGAGGGGAUCCACAAAAGAUGUGCUGAACGAAGUCGAGAGGAACCUCCACGACGGAAUGAACGUUGCGAAGAAUAUCAUUAUGGAGGGCAAGCUGCUCUAUGGGGGGGGGUGCACCGAGAUGAGGGUAGGUCAGCACCUUAUCAGCCAGGCCAACCAGUAUGAUGACUCCCGGAAGAGCAUCAUGGAGGCCGUGGGGUCGGCCCUGGAGAUCAUCCCCAAAAUUUUGGCCCAGAACAGCGGGGCGAAUGUGGUGAAGACCAUCAACGAGCUGAGGAUAAGGCACGAAACCCCCGGGGGGGAGAAGUUCGGGGUGAACGGCGUCACCGGGGAGAUCAUCGACGUGUCCACGGAGAACAUCUGGGACCUGCUCGCUGUGAAGAAGCAGAUCUACAAGAGCGCCAUCGAGGCCGCCGCCAUGAUCCUGCGCAUCGACGACGUGGUCAGCGGCAUCGGCAAGGAGGACAAGCUGCAGAAGCCCGUGCAGGGCGAGUUCGACUAG